UCUUUGUUUCUCGCGCCCUCCCGCGGCGCCGGCGAAACGAACAUGGCCCAUGCUGCACGGGUUCUCUGGCCCAACGGGCGCGCCCUGGCCUGGAGACUGGGCGGUCGUCCCUCUCCAAGACUCCCCGAGCAGAGCCGGGCGGGCUUCACCGGAGCGGCGGGAGGCCCAGGCCCCACCGCCACCACCCGCAAGGGGGGCCCACGGCUCCUGGGGGCGGCCGCACUGGCCUUGGGGGGCGCCCUGGGGCUGUACCACACCGUGCGGUGGCACCUUCGCGCCCAGGACCUCCGAGCGGAGCGCACAGCAGCGCAGCUCUUGCUGUCCAGCCGCCUGCAGCUGACUCUAUACCAGUACAAAACGUGUCCAUUCUGCAGCAAAGUCCGCGCCUUCCUCGACUUCCACGCCCUGCCCUACCAGGUGGUGGAGGUGAACCCUGUCCGCAGGGCCGAGAUCAAGUUCUCCUCCUACAGGAAGGUGCCCAUCCUGCUGGCCCAGGAAGGAGACAGCUUGCAACAACUGAAUGACUCCUCUGUCAUCAUCAGCGCCCUCAAGACCUACCUGGUGUCAGGGCAGCCCCUGGAAGACAUCGUCACCUACUACCCGCCCAUGAAGGCUGUCAACGAGCAGGGCAAGGAGGUGACCGAGUUCUGCAACAAGUACUGGCUUAUGCUGGAUGAGAAGGAGGCCCAGCGGAUGUACGGUGGAAAGGAGGCGAGGACGGAGGAGAUGAAGUGGCGGCAGUGGGCAGAUGACUGGCUGGUGCACCUGAUCUCCCCCAACGUGUACCGCACGCCGGCCGAGGCCCUGGCCUCCUUCGACUACAUUGUCAAGGAGGGCAAUUUCGGGACGGUGGAGGGCGCCAUGGCCAAGUACAUGGGCGCAGCUGCCAUGUACCUCAUCAGCAAGCGGCUCAAGAGCAGGCACCACCUCCAGGAUGACGUCCGCGAGGACCUCUACGAGGCUGCCAACAAGUGGGUGGCAGCUGUGGGCAAAGACCGGCCCUUCAUGGGGGGCCAGAAGCCGAACUUGGCUGAUUUGGCGGUGUACGGCGUGCUGCGGGUGAUGGAGGGCCUGGAGGCCUUCGAGGACCUGAUGCGUCACACGCACAUCCAGCCCUGGUACCUGCGGGUGGAGAAGGCCAUCGCCGAGGCCCUCCAGUGAGCUGAGCAUCCCCGCCAGGAGGAGGCGGAAGACAGUGGAGGAUGCCGGCCGUGGGGCACAGGGCGAUGCUGUGAGGCUGGGCAGUGGGGGAUGGGGUCAUCUGGCCUCUUGCGCACCCCCACCCCCACCCCCAGGCCUCUCACUUCCAACACUGGACAUUUGCUGGGGCCCUGGGAUGCUGGGGGAUGAAGCCCAAGCUUGGUUUCCAUUCACAGCCACCUCCCCGCACACACAGGCGCACAGAAGGCUACCUCCCCCACCCCCCACUGCCCCCUCUCUGGGGGAACCCCAACCGUCCCUGACCACCCCCCCUUCCCCACCCCCUCCUGGGUCUCCCUGCUGUCAGCCUGCUCUGGGGCUCUCAGGGCUGUGCUGUCUGUGCCCCGUGGAUGGGAACUGGGUUGGGCUCCCGCCCAGGCAAGGGAAAUGGGGUUUGUCUGGUUUGGGGAGGCCCCAUGCCUGGCUCCCUUGUUCCUGCUCCUUCCAGGUGCCCCCUGGACUGUGUGUCAUGUUUGCAAUAAAGAGAUUGGCCUCUCCCCACGUGGCGGCCCCUCCUG